AUGGAUUGCGAUAGUCAAUUGUUUGUAUUAGUGCUAUCGUUUCUGGUUUGUUGUUUCAAUAUAGCGCAAGCAUCAACGGGCUUUUAUGUUGAUAAUGAAAAUGCACAAUCGAUACCACUUUCUGUUAGCAGACAUGGAAGUGCGAGAUUGGAGUCAAAAAUAUUAGAAUUAUUGGGGAUUGGAUAUCCAAGACCGCUAGUUGUUGGUGUAAAGGAUGACAUAGCAUCACGUUUUAUGGCAGAUUUAUAUCGAAACUUGGAGCAUGACGUUGAGUUGAAUCCCGCUUACAAAUAUCUGGCUAGUGGACAGUUAUUGUCAGCAGAUGAGAAAGAAGCCAUUGAAUUAGGCGAAGCUGACACAAUUGUCUCAUUCUUGCCACGAGAGCAGAGAACAGCACCAAAUUAUGGGACAAAUUUGCAGUUCGAUCUUGCGAACAUACCGAUAGGUGGCCAGCUUUUGCAUGCUGAACUUCGAAUAUUUUUUAAUGGUUCGAUUAAACCAAGGCGCGUCUUCGCAACUAUUCCGUAUUCAAGAGAUCUGAGUUAUACAACAAUAGAGUCACGUAUAUCAGGCAGCGGACAUUUUGUUAUAAAUAUUACAGAAACACUCUUACGCUGGAUUCAUAAUCGUUCGAUUCUUAAUAUUGUAACUCUUUAUGCAAUCUCAGCGCACGGAGAGAGGAAGCUCUUGGAAAAUUUUGGUGAAUGGCGUGGAUUUGGGAUAGCUUCCUUUGUGGACGGUAUAAAUCAUAUCCACCAACGCGUUAAACGUGACACAUCUGAUGAAACCAGUGCGUUUGAUGAUUAUGGAUAUGGUUUUUCGGCAAGACCUGAUCCACUUCGACAUUCAGCUUCUAAUAAAGGCUGCCGUAGGCGAACACUUUACGUGGACUUCAAAGAUCUUGGUUGGCAGGACUGGGUUAUUGCACCAGAUGGUUACCAUGCAUAUUAUUGUGAUGGCUUUUGUUCCUUUCCACUGAAUAAUCAUAUGAAUGCAACGAAUCAUGCUAUUGUUCAGACACUUGUUCACCUCAUCGACCCAACCAGGACAUCAGAAGCAAAAUGUGCACCUUCAUCGUUACGUUCAAUGAAAAUACUAUUCAUCGAUAAUGCUCAAAAUGUGGUACUGAAACGCUACAAGGACAUGCAAGUACGUGAUUGUGGUUGCCAGUAG